ACUGACCAAGGUAAAAGUCCUCGCAAUCUAUGUUCAGUUCACGAGGUAACAAGACCUCGACCAAUCUGACCGCCCUUGCCUGUCUUUGGAGGUGUUGAACUUUCCAUAAAGUAGUCGAAGACUCCUGCUCUUCCUUGAAAUGGGACGCGAAUAUGGCGAGCUUCUUCCAGGAACUCAAAGAUAAAAAUCGCGGAGCAUUGCACAUCUUUGCCAUGUCCAACAUUUCACAGCCAGACUAUGAAGCGCUCCGGAGCAUUUCGGCGGACACGAAUUGGUCAUUCUUCGACGACAUUUUUACAUCCUUUCUAGCCGGUAGACGUAAACCCAAUCUAGGUUUCUACCGCUAUACGCUUUCUCAAGCGACCUCGAUCCCUCUCGAACCAUUUUCGCAGACGACAAGCUCGAGAAUGCACUCUCUUCGCGUUCACAGGGACUAUAUGGCCUCGUCUACCGCAAGAGAGGAAGUGGCAGCAUCUACAAUGGAUGAGGUGCUGAUGUAUGUAAACGAAGACGGGAUCGUACAGACGUACUUUGACCACACCCGGCCACGAAUCGAUCCUGUCGUCUGUGUCAAUGUUCUCAGCCUCUUCUAUUCCUAUGGUCGAGGAAAUGAGAUGAACCAGACAUUGGAACGGGUGUACCAGGUUCUUCUCCAUCGUGCUUACCUCCAAGGAUCACGGUAUUACGAGACAGCAGAGAGCUUUCUCUUCUUCCUCUAUCGAUUUAUCGGCGACUGUGAUAACCCAGCCAUCCAUAGUCGUUUCUAUCCACUCCUGAAAGAGAGUGUUAUGGAGCGGAUUGGGACGGAAGGAGACGGACUUGCCUUGGCAAUGCGUCUAAUUGUGUGCAACUUUACAGAUGUGAAAAAUGACAUCGACCUCCAGACUCUUCGAGGACUCCAGCCCGAGGAUGGAGGAUGGGAUACCGGUUUGAUAUACAAGUAUGGGUCUUCGGGUCUGAGUAUUCGGAAUCGAGGUCUGACAACGGUAAUGGCUAUCCACGCUAUCCAGCGUAGUAACUUCGCUAGUUCCUCACUAUGAGACAACACGAGCGAGCCUUUAGAUAGCAGUAGUAAGU